AUGGAUAAUAAUAGUGAUAUCAAUAUUUCUCAAAAGGAAGAUAACCAAGAAGAUGGUGAUGCCAAAGUUUCUCAAGAUCAAAAAAUAGAAAAAAGAGAUAAAAGUGAAGAAGAAGAGGAGAAAGAAGAGGAGAAAGAAGAGGAGAAAGAAGAGGAGAAAGAAGAGGAGAAAGAAGAUGGUGAAGUGGAGGAGGAAAAAGAAAAUGGAAACGGAGAUGGGGUUCAAAAUACCAAUUUAGUAAAUAGCAUGAUUCAGUUUAUCAUGGAAACUACAAGUAAAAAUAAUAAAAAUAAUGAUUACCAUUUCCAAAAUCAUCAAAACUUAAACAACCACCAAAUACAAUCUUUACUAAAUGAAAAAGAUGAAAUUAUAGAACAAUAUAAUUACACAGUAAAAUUUCACACAGAAAAAUUUGAUCAAUUUAAACAAGAAAGAGAUAGAGGUUAUACAGGAACUAAUAAUUUAGGAGAGGUCCUUAUUCAUGUCAUGGAUGAAAUAAAGAGAAAACACGUUCAAGCAACUGGAGAACUUGGAGAAAUAUAUCACAGAUUUUAUGACUAUUGUAAUAAUAAUAAUGGUAAUAACAAUAAUAAUAACAAUAACAAUAACAAUAACAAUAACAAUAACAAUAACAAUAACAAUAACAAUAACAAUAACAAUAACAAUAACAAUAACAAUAACAAUAACAAUAACAAUAAUAACAACAAUUACAAUUACAAUAACAAUAACAAUAACAAUAACAAUAACAAUAACAAUAACAAUAACAAUAGCAAUAACAAUAAUAAUAGCAAUAGCAAUCCAGAAUUGUCAACACCAAGUACACCUUCUGCAAUUGAACCAAAGAAGCGUAAAAUAGACAAGUUUGAACCAAGAUAUGAAGAGGGGGAGAUUGAAAAUGAAGAAACUAAUAUCAGUGACUCCAGUUUAACAGAAAGAGAAAUUAAACUUUUAAAAAAGCUAAAAUCAGAAAAACGUAAGAGAGUUAAAUUACAAACAACUAUUGGUUCUUUAAAAGACUCAUUAACUAAUAACUUCAUGGACUAUGAAAUGGCACAUAUACAACUAAAACAAAUAAUCCUCAAAAAAAACAACAAAAUCAAAACACUCAAAAAUGAUUUAAAUGAAAAAGUGGAAACUAUUUUAAAAAUUAGGGAUUUAUUAGAUGCUUUCUUUAAUGUACUACUUUUAUUUUUCAAUGUUGCAUUGAUUCGAUUUAUUAAACAUUCGAAUUGA